CGGGAGAUAGUCUGGCUGUGGUCGUGGUCGAUCGAAAUAUGAGAAGGGCCUCCUUUUCCAGAAGGAACCGCAAUGGGACCGAUAAUAAUCACCAAAUAUAAAAAUAGCCGCACGGAAAUGAGGGUGAAAUGGAUUUAAUAAAUGGAUCUGCCCCAGGGUCAGAUACACUGGAAGUGGGUUUAAUGCCGUUGCCUGUUCCCUUGUUCAGGACAGGAGAAGCUGGCGGGCACAGCGUCAUCACCGCCAUCGUCAACAUCAUCAACCAGAUCUUACCUACCUUCUUACCACCCUCGUCCCCUCGACUUCGCCUUUCCGGCCCUCCAUCGGUCCAGGGAAAUCAUUCUGCCUUACUGUCUACAGCUGAGAGAAACCUUAGUCACACUGAAGACUUGCCGGACCGAGCGUGGCUUGUACGGCCUGCACUUACCUCAUCGGGACGGGCAGGGCUGGUGGGUGUGGCAGUGGUGAUUUUUGAUUGGCUGAUUGUGCAAAUCGCUUGGCCGGGGACUGACCGCUGGGCCAAUCAGGCCACCCUCAGCGGGAAUAAUAAUAAUAAUAAUCCUUAUAGUAAUACUUCUAGCGCCGGUACAAUCGUUCUCCAUGGCUUCGAUGGAGUUCCCCCUUUUCCUUUUCCUCCUGCCGAUGGCAACCCAUCACCCAUCACCCAUCACCCAUCACCCUUUAGAGUUCAGACGCACGCAAGUAUCUAAGUACGGAGUAGGAGAAAAGGAGUCUCCCGCGCGAUCGUCGGAGUCUUGUCUUCCCGUUUCGGGUAUCGUCGAGGCAGCAAUCCAGACUGUCCGACACCACUUUGACCCUCGACGUCAUGCACGGUUCAUCAGGUUCAUGUCGAUCCGGAUGAAUUCCCUGCGAUGGGGUUCGACAAUGGAGGUUGGAGUACUUUGUAUGGAAACUCUGGGUACUCCCGGCCUCUGCACUGGCUACCCAACCCAGUUACCUCUCUGGUUAAGUCAAACGCAAUGGUGAGUCCGCCGUCGUUCCCAUGGCAAUCUACUUGACGUAGUCGUUAGACAGUCUAAUCUACGGACGAAGGAGUGGUCGAGAUUUAGUACAUGCUUAGUGCUUCACACUGUGU